GGCCCUGACUCUGGCACUAUGGUCAUGGCGGAGGGAACGGCAGUGCUGAGGAGAAACAGGCCGGGCACCAAGGCUCAGGAUUUCUAUAAUUGGCCUGAUGAAUCCUUUGAUGAAAUGGACAGCACAUUAGCUGUUCAACAGUAUAUUCAACAGAACAUAAGGGCAGACUGUUCCAAUAUUGACAAAAUUCUUGAACCACCUGAAGGCCAAGAUGAAGGUGUAUGGAAAUAUGAACACUUAAGGCAAUUCUGCCUGGAGCUAAAUGGACUUGCCGUUAAACUUCAGAGUGAGUGCCAUCCAGAUACAUGUACACAGAUGACAGCAACUGAACAAUGGAUUUUUCUUUGUGCAGCUCACAAAACUCCAAAAGAGUGUCCUGCUAUAGACUACACUAGGCACACGCUUGAUGGUGCUGCAUGUCUUCUGAAUAGCAAUAAAUAUUUUCCUAGCAGAGUUAGCAUAAAAGAGUCAUCUGUAGCCAAACUAGGAUCAGUGUGCCGUAGGAUUUACAGAAUAUUUUCACAUGCUUAUUUUCAUCAUCGGCAAAUAUUUGAUGAAUACGAGAAUGAAACAUUUUUGUGUCACCGAUUUACUAAAUUUGUGAUGAAAUAUAAUUUGAUGUCUAAGGAUAACCUGAUUGUACCAAUUUUGGAAGAGGAAGUGCAGAAUUCAGUGUCUGGGGAAAGUGAAGCAUGAUGAGAAUCAUACAUAAAAAUGUACUGAACACAUAAUUAACAUUAAUUAUGUACUGUAUAUAUCAUUUUAGACACUUCAAUCAUGUAUCCAUAUUAUGGCUUCUUUGUUUAGUAUAGUUUUGUAUCUUGUGUGUUGCCUUUUAAAAUGGGAAAGACUUUAAGUUAUUCAUGAGCUGUAUAUUCACCAGUGUGGCACUCAUGGUUUUUAAAUAAGAUUAGUAUUAUCUGUUUAUAAUGCCUGUUAAUAAAAGAAUUUACAAUUCUG